CCGCCCCCAGCUCCGGCCCGGGGCGAGUGCGUGUUGACGUCAUGCUGCGUGCGGGCCGGUGCGGAAUCGCUCCCUCAACUCCGCGGGGCAGUAGGAGUUAGUUAGCAAAGAGCCGAGGCCGAACGCGCGACCCUCGUCCUUCUGCCCCUGGCCGCACACUUUGCGCACAUCUCUUUUUCUGCAUGGUGGAUAUUAUUUUUCAUUAUCCUUUUCUGGGUGCUAUGGGUGAUCAUUCCAAGAGUAAGUCUUUCUGUGUGUGUGUGGGGUGGGGUGUGUGUGUGUGCUUAAUAUGCAAAAUUUAUAUUGCAAAAAAAUGUUUAGUGGAUUCUACAAGUGGCUUCUGUUUGUCAGGAUAGUUUAAGAGAGGAAAAACGAAUGCAUAUGUCCUGCAGGACUGCUUAUCUUUGGGAAUCCUGUUGUUUUAUUUGAUAAGUAAACACUGUUUCUCAAGCCGGCUGGGAUGACUUCGGGCUGCGAAAUCUGCUUCUGUUUUGCGCAAAGGCAAUUAGGUUUGAUUUAGGGAUGUGGGCUUUUUUUUUUUUUUUGGUUGUUGUUUGUUUGCUUUUCGGUGUUUCAAAGCUAGGAAGCUUUCUCUCGCUUGCUCUGGGAUAUUUAAACUAAGAAAUGUCUGAGAGGAUGAGCUGGGACUGCCGAAAGACGAUGUGUCUGUGUUAGGAUAGGAGGCAGCCGCUGUGAGUGGGAGUGUGUGAGCGGAAAUGCCGGGACAGCACCGUUAGGUGUUGAUGUCCAGGCUACCGCAGUGCCUGUGUAUUUACUCUCUUCUUAGUUUCGUGUUAGCGUUUAGUUUCAAGACACGUCGACAAAACGACUGUGAUUAAUGAAUGUACUAGCGAAAUAUUUGGGGGUGGGGGACAGAAGAAACCUUAAGCAAUCCAGAAGAUACUGGUUUUUCGUUUCCAAUGCUCUGGAUCUUUAGAGAGCUCAUCACCUUUCCUUAUGGUCACAAGUCUUGAAAGAAAGCGAGAGAGCGAGCGGGUUGGGUUAGGGCUGGAGUGGCCGAGGCCGGCCGGGGUCCGGGCAGUCAGGCCUGACGCGGCCCCGCGCCCUUCCACGGCAGAGAAGCCCGGGACGGCCAUGUGCGUGGGCUGCGGGAGUCAGAUCCACGACCAGUUUAUCCUGCGGGUGUCGCCCGACCUCGAGUGGCACGCCGCCUGCCUCAAGUGCGCCGAGUGCAGCCAGUACCUGGACGAGACGUGCACGUGCUUCGUGAGAGACGGGAAGACCUACUGCAAGCGGGACUAUGUGAGGCUAUUCGGCAUCAAGUGCGCCAAGUGCCAGGUGGGCUUCAGCAGCAGCGACCUGGUGAUGAGGGCGCGGGACAGCGUGUACCACAUCGAGUGCUUCCGCUGCUCCGUGUGCAGCCGCCAGCUGCUGCCUGGGGACGAGUUCUCGCUGCGGGAGCACGAGCUGCUCUGCCGCGCAGACCACGGCCUCCUGCUCGAGCGCGCCGCUGCAGGCAGCCCACGCAGCCCCGGCCCGCUCCCCGGCUCCCGCGGCCUGCAUCUGCCAGAUGCUGGGUCGGGCCGGCAGCCCGCGUUGCGCCCGCACGUGCACAAGCAGACGGAGAAGACGACCCGCGUGCGAACUGUGCUGAACGAGAAGCAGCUGCACACUCUGCGGACCUGCUACGCCGCCAACCCGCGGCCCGACGCUCUCAUGAAGGAGCAGCUGGUGGAGAUGACCGGCCUGAGCCCGCGGGUCAUCCGCGUCUGGUUCCAGAACAAGCGCUGCAAGGACAAGAAGAAAUCCAUUCUCAUGAAGCAGCUGCAGCAGCAGCAGCACAGCGACAAGACGAGCCUUCAGGGACUGACCGGGACGCCCCUGGUGGCGGGCAGCCCCAUCCGCCAUGAGAACGCUGUGCAGGGCAGCGCAGUGGAGGUGCAGACAUACCAGCCGCCGUGGAAGGCGCUCAGCGAAUUUGCCCUCCAGAGCGACCUGGACCAACCCGCCUUCCAGCAGCUGGUCUCCUUCUCCGAGUCCGGCUCCCUAGGCAACUCCUCCGGCAGCGACGUGACCUCCCUGUCCUCGCAGCUCCCGGACACCCCCAACAGUAUGGUGCCGAGUCCCGUGGAGACGUGAGGGGGACCCCUCCCUGCCAGCCCGCGGACCUCGCAUGCUCCCUGCAUGAGACACCCAUGCUCAGGCCAUUCCAGUUCCGAAAGUUCUCUUGCCUUCGUGAUUAUUCUAUUGUUAUUUAUGAGAGAGGACCGAGAGAAACGGUCUGGACAGCCCAAGGCGCCAGGAUGCAACCUGCUUUCACCAGACGGCAGACUCCUGCUCCGAGGACUCUUUACUUUUUAAAAACCAGAAUUUGGGAUUUACCAGAGUUAGCUCUGCCCUCUCCUCUCCGCGUGGCCGCCGCUCUGUCCCUCCACGCCCCACCUGUAUCCCCACCUCGGCCGGCCCCGAGCUCGCCCACGUGGACCCCCGCCCUGCCCCCACUCCGCGCUCCCUGGCGUCUUCGCCUGGGCUCUAGCGGGGAAGAGGAAGGGGAUAACUCAGAGGAACAGACACUCAAACUCCUAAAGCGCAUGAUUGCUGGGAAACAGUAGAAACCAGACUUGCCUUGAAAGUGUUUAAGUUAUUCCACGGAGGACAGAGUGUGUGAGUCUUUGCCGAACAAACAAACGUAAGUUAUUGUUAUUUAUUGUUAGAACAGCCAGUUCAUAAUGGGACUCGUAUUUUGAUCUUAAUAAAAAAUAAUAACCCGG